AUGCCCCCAGCAGCCAUCCCCACGCCCCAGAGCUGGCUGGCACAGGGCCGGGCAUCACGGAGGCUGGUGCUGGUGGUGGUGUUCGUCGCACUGCUGCUGGACAAUAUGCUGCUGACUGUUGUGGUCUCCUUGGCUUUUUUCCCAGUGCCUAUCAUCCCCACCUUCCUUUAUACAACAGAAUAUGAAGGUGCCAACAGCUCUGCUGCCCCACAUCAAUCUGAGUCACCUCCCUCAGCCAUCGAAGAUCCUUUCUCCCCCAUGUCCUCCUAUUUUGACAUCGGCACCAUAACAACCUUGGACUCCCACAGCACUGUGGAGCUGCAGAAAGGGACCAGCGCCAGGCACUCACAGCAUCUCCCCAUGAGCUCCCCACCACCCAAUGGCUGCCCACAGGGUGAGGAAUUCCUCACGCAGGAGAACAUGCGUGUGGGGCUGCUCUUUGCCUCCAAGGCUCUCGUCCAGCUCCUGGUCAACCCCAGCGUGGGGCUGCUGACCAACAGGAUAGGAUACCACAUUCCCAUGUUCGUUGGUUUCAUCAUCAUGUUCCUCUCCACGCUCAUGUUUGCAUUCUCUGGCACCUACACGCUGCUGUUCAUCGCUCGUGCUCUACAAGGUGUUGGUUCCUCCUUCUCAUCAGUUGCAGGCUUGGGCAUGCUGGCCAGCAUCUACACAGACGACUUUGAGAGAGGCAACGCCAUGGGUAUCGCCCUUGGAGGGUUGGCCUUGGGUGUGCUGAUCGGGGCCCCGUUCGGCAGCGUGAUGUACGAGUUUGUGGGGAAAGCCUCCCCCUUCCUGGUCCUGGCUUUCUUAGCCCUGCUGGAUGGAGGUUUGCAGCUGUGCAUUCUGCAGCCCUCCAAGGUCUCCCCUGAGAGCACCAGAGGCACACCAGUGCUCACCCUGCUGCGGGACCCCUAUGUGCUGGUGGCUGCAGGAGCCCUCUGCUUCUCCAACAUGGGGGUGGCCAUGCUCGAGCCCACCUUGCCCAUCUGGAUGAUGCAAACCAUGUGCUCCCCCAAAUGGCAGCUUGGGAUGGCAUUCCUUCCUGCCAGUGUAUCUUACCUCAUUGGAACCAAUCUCUUCGGGCUCCUGGCUAACAAAAUAGGCCGGUGGCUGUGCUCCCUGAUCGGUAUGGCUGUGGUGGGGAUCAGUCUGCUCUGUGUACCUCUGGCAAAAAAUAUUUAUGGGCUGAUUGGCCCAAAUGGUGGGCUUGGCUUCGCCAUAGGAAUGGUGGACUCCUCCAUGAUGCCUAUUAUGGGUUACCUCGUGGACCUUCGCCACACCUCUGUCUACGGCAAUGUCUAUGCCAUCGCAGAUGUUGCCUUCUGCAUGGGCUUUGCAAUUGGUCCAUCAACAGGCGGCGCGAUCGUACGAGCUAUUGGGUUUCCCUGGCUGAUGGUCAUCAUUGGAGUUACCAACAUUGCUUAUGCUCCUCUCUGCUGGUUCUUGCGAAGCCCUCCUGCUAAAGAGGAGAAGAUAGCAAUCUUAAGCCAGGAAGGCCCCAUGCAAACCAAAAGCUCCACCGCUCAGAAGCCCCUGUGGGAUUUCCCUCUCACAGACAACAGUGAUGUGGAGGCAGAGAAUGCAGAAUAGCAGCAAGGCUGCAUGUCCUGCUUGAAGCUAUGUUAAAUUCACAGAGCAAUGUCUCUCUCAGCACCCAGGAAUAACCCAGACUCCCCCAAGACCUGUGGGCGCGUGACGGACAUGGGCUGUAUGUUCAGCUGUUCUCCUGGCACUCAGUCCACAUCAGGGAACGCACACCCAGGACUUGGAGGCUCCCUGCCCAACUAUGCCACCCCUUUGCUGGGUGACAUCCAGGAAGGCCACUCAAAAUCCCUCUCAGCUGUAAAAAACUUACGAUGUAGAGAAUGAUACCAUGCUGUCCUGGGCUGUCAGCCCACACAGUAGGGAUAAGACCAACACCUCUCCCACACAAAUUGCAUUCGUUAGCGUCUUUUAAAGUGCUUACUGCUUUUAGAAGCACCAGAGAAAACCAAAAUGAAGUCAGCAGCUUCAGGACAUCUUUUCCUCCAGAGUUCUGCUGUAAUCCCCAGCACAAAACCCUUCUGUACCAACAGGAUCCAAUAAAGACACCUCUGUCCUGUUGAUGUGGUCCAUGCUCACCUGAAGGCGGUUUUAACGUUGCUGUCCUGGUACAGCUCCUGUGCUUUCUAUUUAUGUGCUAUUCAUGGCUGCUCACAUUGCCCUUCUACCACUGGUGAAGAACCCUUCA